CCCCGCCUCACGAGACGAGGAAAAAAAUCCGCUCCUCGCCACAAAACUGGUGGCCGCCUGGCAGUUGGCACCUUCCAGAAGAUUCCUCCUCCCGAAUCAUCGGCAUCGCCCUCAUGGCGUCCGCGCCGAGCACCACCGCGUCCGCCCUCGCUGCCCCUCCCCGCUCACCGUUCUGCUCGGGGCCCUGCCUUCCAGCCACCACGCUCCGCCUCUCGCCUGCUGCUCAGCCCGCGUCGGCUGGCUGCCUCGCGGCGCCGAGCCGGCUCACGUGCCUGCGCGCGCGCGUUCGGUGCGGCGCGGCGGUUAAGCUCAUCGGGCAGGGCGAGUUCGCGGCGGAGGUGCUGGAGUCGGAGCUGCCCGUGCUCGUGGACUUCGUCGCCGACUGGUGCGGGCCGUGCCGCCUCAUCGCUCCAGUCGUGGAUUGGGCCUCCGAGGAAUAUGAUGGGAGAUUAAAGAUUGUCAAGAUUGACCAUGAUGCUAAUCCUCAGUUGAUUGAAGAGUACAAGGUUUAUGGCCUCCCAACUCUAAUUCUAUUCAAGAAUGGGCAGGAGGUACCAGGUAGCCGAAGAGAAGGUGCAAUAACAAAAGACAAGUUGAAGCAAUACCUGGAACCUUUCUUGGCAACCUCAACUAUCGCUUGAUAUCAUUACCUGCAGUUUGCAGCGCUGAGACAGCAAUGUCAUUGGCUUGCGCUGGGCACCUGGCAUGUUGAAGAACUCUUCCUCCCAUGGGCACCUUGUUUCUAGUUUGUAAUUACCUACGCUAUCAUGAUUGACUACCUAUGAUUUUCAUUAGCGAAUGGUAAAUUUAGUAUAUAUCAACAGCUGAAGGGCUGUAUUGAGGAUGUACCACCGCAUAAAAAAAAAGGAUUGAGGAUGUACCAACACUAAUUUUAAUAGUUAAGCAAGUUCAGUUAAUGAUA